AAACAGGGGGUGAUAAAGCCACUUGUAGAGCGGAGGCGACACAGAACAGAGCAGGAAGGGAAGCAAAGCAAAGGGAAAAAAAGGAGGCAGAGGGAAGCACGUAAUUCAUAGAGAAUUCAGAUCAAAACAAGGAGAAGAAGAGGAGGCAGCAGAGCGAGGCAAAACAAAUCUGCCAAUGCACAGCUCUGGACUAUUUGGUGUAGCAAAUUAGCAAUACCUUGAUAUAGAACCCCGGGCAGAAGCAAAGUGACAAUAGAAAGAGAAAUGGCUGCAUAUGAACCAAAGAAGAACAGUGAAGUAAGGAUAUUUGAGAGUUCAGAUGAGAUAGCAACAGAUCUGGCUGAGUAUAUCUCACAAGUUUCAGAAAUUUCUGUGAAAGAAAGGGGAUACUUCACUAUUGCCCUAUCUGGAGGCCCCCUUGUCAGUUUCUUGAGGAAACUUUGUGAAGGGCCAUAUAACAAGACAGUGGAUUGGUCUAAGUGGUACAUAUUCUGGUCUGACGAACGUGCUGUAGCAAAGAACCAUGCGGACAGUAACUAUAAGUUAACAAAAGAAGGAUUCCUAUCAAAGGUACCUAUUCUCAGUAGUCAUGUCUACUCGAUAAACGACAAUGCCACAGUUGAGGAUGCAGCGACAGGUUACGAGUUUGUCAUCAGGCAGCUGGUGAAGGUCCGCACGAUAGGAGUCUCAGAGAGCACAGACUGCCCCAAGUUUGAUCUCAUUCUUCUCGGUAUGGGCUCUGACGGACAUGUUGCCUCACUUUUCCCUAACCAUCAAGCCCUUGAGCUGAAAGACGACUGGGUCACCUACAUCACUGACUCUCCGCAGCCUCCCCCUGAGAGAAUCACCUUCACCCUUCCUGUAAUAAACUCAGCAUCAAACAUAGCAAUCCUAGCGACAGGCGUCGACAAAGCAACUGCGGUUCAGUUAGCCGUGUAUGACAGUAGCGAUGGCCCAGACACCCCCACGUCAGUGCCUGCCCGGAUGGUUCAGCCAACAGACGGGAAGCUAGUGUGGUUUUUGGACAAGGCAGCAGCCUCAUCACUCGAGUUGUCAGACGGUGCCUACGAGCAUCACCGUGAGUACUAACUCAGAAGGACUGAAGAUUCUUUUGCUGUGUAUGAAGAUGUGUAAGUAGGUGGUGAAUCAUGGAGGGACGUUUGCUCUCCCCUGUAGCUCUCAAUACCUCUGGUCUUCGUGUUAGUCCAACGGAAACAUAGAUGGUUUUGUGCGGCACCAUGUUUAUGUGAUGUUGAGGCUCUAGGAGAUGAGAACACUAAACCUGAUUUGUGGUCAGUUAUGAUGUUAUGUAAUCCAUUCUCUAUCUAGUUGAAAUUAGAUUCUUUUGCUAGUAUGUAGCCAAUCUUAUGUGGUUAUUUCAAUGUAAAACUGAAGCCGAAACUAAAAUUCGUCUGGCUUUGCUUGAUU